GCUCGGCGGCGCGCACGCCUGCGGGAGCCCUCUCCAGGCAACCCAGUGCUGAUCGCCGGCGCCGGUGCGGCCGUUCCCCCGACCGCAGCGGGAGCCGAGGCUCCGGAGCAGCCCCUGCCUCUUCCCGGCCUCCCCCCAGUCGCUUCCCGGUGGAGCUCGGGGCAUGAGCUACGAUGGCGGGCUGCAUCCCCGAGGAGAAAACUUACCGACGCUUCCUGGAGCUCUUCCUGGGCGAGUUUCGCGGACCGUGCGGCGGCGGCGAGCCGGAGCCCGAACCCGAAUCCGAGCCCGAACCCGAAGCUGAGCUGGUUGCCGCCGAGGCGGCCGAGGCUGCGGUGGAGGAGCCGGGGGAGGACGCUGCGGCCGUGGCGGCGGCCGGCGAAGGCGAGCGGGAGCCAGACCCCGAGCCCGAAGAGGAGGCGGCGGCGGAGGCGGCGGUGGCCGAGGGCGAGGAGGAGGAAGCGGCGGCCCCGGGGCACUCGGCCGUGCCGCUGCCGCAGCCGCCGCUGCCGCCGCUGCCCCCGCUCCCGCGGCCGCUGUCGGAGCGCAUCACCCGCGAGGAGGUGGAGGGCGAGAGCCUGGACCUGUGCCUGCAGCAGCUCUACAAAUAUAACUGCCCUUCCUUUUUGGCUGCUGCUUUAGCCAGAGCCACAUCAGAUGAAGUCCUCCAGAGUGACCUUUCUGCACACUGCAUCCCAAAGGAAACGGACGGCACAGAAGGGACUGUGGAGAUUGAGACAGUGAAAUUGGCCCGUUCUGUCUUCAGCAAACUACACGAGAUUUGCUGCAGCUGGGUGAAAGACUUCCCUCUCCGCAGGAGGCCCCAGCUUUAUUAUGAGACAUCCAUCCAUGCCAUCAAAAACAUGCGCAGGAAAAUGGAGGAUAAACAUGUCUGCAUUCCUGACUUUAAUAUGCUCUUCAACCUAGAGGACCAGGAAGAACAAGCUUAUUUUGCAGUGUUUGAUGGCCAUGGGGGAGUGGAUGCCGCCAUUUAUGCCUCUGUUCACCUACAUGUAAACUUAGUACGCCAGGAGAUGUUCCCCCAUGAUCCUGCUGAGGCUCUGUGCCGGGCCUUCCGGGUCACAGACGAGCGAUUUGUGCAGAAGGCAGCCAGGGAGAGCUUACGAUGUGGGACCACAGGUGUGGUAACUUUUAUCAGAGGCAACAUGCUCCACGUGGCAUGGGUGGGUGAUUCCCAAGUUAUGCUUGUGAGAAAGGGCCAAGCUGUUGAACUAAUGAAGCCACAUAAACCAGACAGAGAGGAUGAAAAGCAGCGAAUUGAGGCUCUUGGAGGCUGUGUAGUUUGGUUUGGUGCCUGGAGGGUGAAUGGAAGUCUGUCAGUCUCCAGAGCUAUAGGAGAUGCCGAACAUAAGCCAUAUAUCUGUGGAGAUGCAGACUCUGCCUCAACUGUUCUGGAUGGGACUGAAGACUACCUCAUUCUGGCCUGUGAUGGCUUCUAUGAUACCGUGAACCCUGAUGAGGCAGUGAAGGUUGUGUCUGACCACUUGAAAGAGAAUAAUGGAGACAGCAGCAUGGUUGCCCACAAAUUAGUGGCAUCAGCUCGGGAUGCUGGGUCAAGUGAUAAUAUCACUGUUAUUGUGGUAUUCCUGAGGGACAUGAACAAAGCUGUAAAUGUUAGUGAGGAAUCAGAUUGGACAGAGAACUCUUUUCAAGGAGGGCAAGAAGAUGGUGGGGAUGAUAAGGAGAGUCAUGGAGAGUGCAAACGCCCGUGGCCUCAGCACCAGUGCUCAGCACCUGCCGAUCUAGGCUAUGAGGGGCGCGUGGAUUCAUUCACUGAUAGAACUAGCCUGAGCCCAGGGCCCCAAAUCAACGUACUGGAAGAUCCAGGCUACCUAGAUCUCACACAAAUAGAAGCAAGCAAACCUCACAGUGCCCAGUUUUUGCCACCAGUUGAGAUGUUUUGUCCUGGUGCACCAAAGAAAGCAAAUCUUAUUAAUGAGCUAAUAAUGAAGGAAAAAUCAGACAAGUCAUCAUUGCCUGAACACAGUGGUGCUGGAGAGUUUCUGGCUUCUUUUAAUUGGGGUUCAACAGGGCAACAGAUACGCAGAAUGGAGACCUUGUCCCCUGUCUGUUCUGGGUUAGAAAAUGAACAGUUCAAAUCCCUGGGGAAAAGAGUGUCUAGAUUAUAUCAUUUACACCAUCACUACUCAAAAAGGCAACGUGGAUUCAGGUUUAAUCCAAGGUUUUAUUCAUGUCUUUCUGCUCAAGAGCCUUCUCACAAAAUAGGUAUUAGCCUGUUGUCACUUAUUCAAAGUGGGAAGAGAAACAAGAUGUUAAGAAGUUCUUUGCCAUGGAGGGAAAGUAAUUGGAAAGGGUAUAGUAAAAACAUAAUGAAGGUCAGAAAGAGUAAUGAUAUUCCAUGCCCAGAUCUUCCCUGGAGCUAUAAAAUAUAAGACCUUUUCAUCAAAGUAGGCUAGCUAGCUCUCCCUCAAAAAUACCACUAUCAGAGUAGAAACAAGGUAGACAUUUCUAACACACAUGUGCUUCAUUAUGAAUCCAUGGAUGGCUCAAUUCUUAAAUGUAAAUAGAUCUCUAGGAAACUCAAAAUAGUGUUUUCAAUCUUACAAAAAAAAAGUAUUGGCAGUUUCACUAGCAAAAUUAUACAGCUGGUCCCCGUGAUGUGUCUACACCUACAACAGCCCCUAGCCACCAUCCCUUCACGUCACUAGUGGAAGAUGAGCGUAAUUUCAGUCAGGAUAUACAGUGUGGAAAUCACAACUCAGUAGAAAUCUGGUCUAAUGUGCCUAAUCUAAGACAAACGAUGCACAACUGAACUUAGUUUGGAGACGUUCUUCAAGAUCCUGGGCACUAUGAAGGAUCCCUCCCCACUCUGGGUGGGUGAAAGACUAAAAGCCAUAUGGAUUUUAACUGGUGGUAAUGGAAGACGUAAACUAGUAUGAAAGUGUCAUAGUCUCAGACUUGUGAGGCAGUAUAUAGUCAAAAAAUUUACUGAUUUUUUUCCCAUAGAAAACACAACAAAAGACGUAACUAUUACAUUUUUAAUUAAAAUGUUUCAUAAGGUUUUAGUUAUUUGAGUCUCAUAAGCUGCUAUGGUGCUUUUGGUGGAAUUUUUGUUACUUGUCAUUCCAGACCACUGUCAGCCGGUUUAAUCUACGAUGCUAAUGUGUUUCACAGUACCUUCAUCUCAGGAAUAAAAGUGGUUUAAUAGAGAUGAUGUCAGGUACAAAUAUACAUGACUCAAAAUGCCACUUAAACAGAGUUAAAACAUUUCCUCCUUUUUUUUUUUUUCCAGUUUACAGACAGCAAAAGCAUAUAUUACUAUGAGAUAAAAAGUGGUUUAGAGAUUGAAAAAUGCUAGUCGUAACCUCUCUAAAAUUGUUUUCCCCAAGGGAAUGAAGUAAUUGGUACAAAGGAGGCCGAGUGAGGGCAGAAUGCAGAGUACUGGGAGCCAGGGCUGUUUAGCUAUAACGGGAAGCCAAGCCAGAGUCCAGCUACCCGCUUCAGACCGCAGAGACAGGUCAUGCCCUCUCAUUUCAGUAUUAAGUUAUAUUUGAUAGUUUUAAAUCAUUU